UUACAUUACACCGACACUUGUCUGGUCUUGUCUCUCUCCAUCAUCUUCUUAUUGUUGGUUUGUUCAUGUGUUGGUGUUGAAAUUGAACAAGAUGUUGAAGUUGAAGUUGAAUUCAAACCUUCAAUUCAAUUUAAGACAAUUGUGAACCAGAGACAGGGAACACAGAAGAUCCAACUUUGAAGAAGAAAUGGGAGUAGAUUUGAGGCAAGUGGUGGCUGGUGUGCUCACCCUCACAAUGUUCGUCAUGCUUGGAAAUAUGAUCAAAACAGACCACUUUGAUUCACUCCAAGAAAAGCUUCCAGGAACAAUGGAGGAUUCCAACUUUGAGACUGCAAAGUUUGAUGCUACUCAUGUAAGAAAGGAUAUAGGGCUUUGGAAGGGUGAUACUGAUUUGGAUGACCUAAAACCGUGUUGGGUUAAGCCAUCAUCUGCUGAUGAUGUAGAGCAGACUGAAGGGUUUGUUACUUUUGCAUUAACCAAUGGCCCGGAGUACCAUAUUUCUCAGAUAGAAAAUGCGGUGAUUGUUGCUAGAAAUCUUGGGGCAACACUUGUAAUACCUGAGAUCAGAGGAAGCCAGCCUGGUGACAAGAGGAACUUUGAGGAUAUUUAUGAUGUCGAGGUGUUCAUGAAAAGCAUGGAAGGAGUGGUCAGAGUGGUAAAGGAUCUUCCUGGUCAUAGAUCAACACAGAAUAUUGCUGCUGUGAAAGUCCCUAAUCGGGUUACAGAAGACUACAUAGCUAAACAUGUUGAGCCAAUAUAUAGAACGAAGGGAAGCAUAAGGCUUGCAACUUUCUUCCCUUCAAUAAACAUGAGAAAGGCAGGGAAAAAAGGUGACACUGAUUCUGUUGCGUGCUUAGCAAUGUUUGAAAGUUUAGAAUUGCAGCCAGAAAUGCAUGAAGUGGUUGACUCAAUGGUUGAAAGACUAAGAACUUUAAGCAGAAAUUCAAAUGGCCAAUUUAUAGCUGUGGACUUGAGGGUUGAGAUGUUGGAUAAGAAAGGCUGCCAAGGUAGUGAUAAUGAUGCAGAGAAAAGCUGCUACAAUGCACAAGAUAUUGCAGUAUUUUUGAGGAAGAUUGGUUUUGAGAAGGAUACCACAGUUUAUGUGACUGAAUCAAGGUGGGAUAGCAGCCUUGAUGCUCUGAAGGAUUUGUUCCCUAAAACUUAUACAAAGGAAGCCAUCAUGCCUGCAGAUAAGAAGACAAAGUUCUUAGAUUCGAAAGAUUCUGAAAUUGAGAAAGUGAUUGACUUCUACUUAAGUUUCCAGAGUGACGUUUUCGUACCAGCAAUUUCAGGUCUGUUCUAUGCGAAUGUAGUUGGAAAGAGAAUCGGUUCUGGAAAGACACAGAUACUGGUUCCAGCUCAUAUUUCAGGUUCAUCUGCUUCUGCCUCCAAUUUCGUGUCCUCCUAUGUUUCCAAGAAAAACCACUUUGCUUAUUCUUGUUACUGUUAAGAAUCUUGUACCAAAAGGUCAUCCUUCCCCUGUUAGUUUAUUUGUUCAACUUGAUAUGGUCUCGGGGUGUUCAUUUUUUCAUUAAGGGGUGUUCAUUGGAUUAGCGCGUAUAUAGGAUUUUUUGUAUAAAUUUUUUUAUUUGAGAAUGAUUCAAAAUUUAUGUGUAAUUCAUUUUUAUGUAAAUGACUAAUUUAUUUUUAACAUGAUAGCUACUUAUUAGCAUA